CCCGCCUGACCGGGAGUCAAAUGUGCCGGCCUCAUCUUAUCCACAGCCCUGGGAUCCCUUGGCUGGACAGCAGCAAGGCGGCACUAUCUGCCCAUCACCACAACCCCUGGACCGUCAACCCCUUCACCAAGACACCCCUGCACCCCUCGGCGGCCGGAGCGCCCGGGGCCAUCUCUGUGUACCCGGGCAGCAGCACGUCCAGUACCGCCUCCGUAUCUUCACUCACCCCGGCCUCGCACUCUGGCUCCCACCUCUUCGGCUUUCUCUUCCACCCAGGCAGCUUCCUGGGGGGCCCCGCGUCCAGCUUCACCCCCAAGCCGCGAAGCAAGGCCAGAUCUUGUUCGGAAGGCAGAGAGUGUGUGAACUGUGGAGCAACUGCUACCCCUCUCUGGAGAAGAGACGGCACCGGGCAUUACCUGUGUAACGCCUGCGGGCUCUACCACAAAAUGAACGGUCAAAACCGACCUCUCAUUAAACCUAAGCGAAGGCUGUCAGCGGCUAGGAGAGCAGGGACUUGUUGUGCCAACUGUCAGACAACCACCACAACCUUAUGGCGACGCAAUGCGAACGGGGACCCAGUUUGUAAUGCCUGCGGACUCUACUAUAAAUUGCACAAU